ACUACCGAACGCGUUUUGGAUGCGUGACGAAGGAUUACAAUCCAAAGAAUAAACUGCUACCAAUGCAUGUUCGCUAUAAUUCCGAUCAUCAUCGAGCCCUAUCGAUUUAUUUAGAAAAUAAAUUGCAUCCUUCGCUGUAAUUAAAGCAUAGUAGCUCAUGUACAGCAGGUUUGACUCAAGUAAAAGUUUAUGUGCGGGAAAACAGAGCGCGCACUGUCGAAAGGGACGUGCCUGUCUCAGCAUUCUCCGAUCGAAGUAACCGAUUAAUUGCGGACAUUGGGCUCAGUUUCCAGUACUUCAUUAGCAUUAGGUACGGUUUCAAUAUCCAGUUACACCAAGUUAAUGACUUCGGGUCACUGGAAACUGUUUCGGUCACUUUUUUCUUUUUUGCGAAAUUGUUAAAGGACUUGUGUAGAGAUGUCUGAUGUUGACCUCCAUUCCCUUGUUUUGUGACAGAGAGUAGCCUACAAAUUAAACGAAACCAGCUCAUAUCCCAUUAGUAUUGCAGGAUUGUUCUUUUUUUAGGGGCGACUGCACAGAUUUUGAAGACACCAGCCCUCAUUGCUCCAUUGUGUGCUCUCAUUGAGCUGUCCACCUUAUGUUUUUCGUUUCCUUUGCUGUCUGCCACACUUUUUGCACCAGAUGAUUCUGAAAGAGGGCCAGUGUCCUGGAUUAACUGCUGAAGUGAUACAGGCUUUGAGGACUCAGAACAUCCGAACUGUAGUCGAUCUGGUGACAGCAGAUGCAGAGGAGCUAUCAUGUAAAUGUUCACUGUCAUACAAGACACUUGUGGCUAUAAAUCGUGUCCUACUUGCGCAAUAUGCUUCAUUUCCUAUAAAUGGGGCUGACCUUUACGAUGAGUUACUGAGCUCCACUGCCAUCCUAUCUACUGGAAAUGAGAGUCUUGACAAGCUGUUAGAUUCUGGCCUGUAUACAGGCGAAGUGACAGAAUUAAUCGGAGCACCAGGAAGUGGGAAAACACAGGUCUGCCUUGGUGUGGCAGCAAAUGUGGCAUGUGAGUUAAAGAGAAAUGUUGUCUAUAUCGAUUCAACAGGAGGUCUGUCAGCCUCUCGCCUGUUGGAGAUUGUGAAGUCUAAGGUGUCCACUGCAGAGCAGCAGCUGGAUGCUCUGCGUAGGAUCUAUGUCACUGAAGUUUUUGAUAUAUUUUCCAUGCUGAAGGUGCUUCAAACUUUAAGAACUGGAGGUUUUCCAGAGGUGAGUGAAAAUAGUCCCAGUGGCAGCAGCUCUCUGAAGGCAGUCAUUGUAGAUUCUGUGAGAGCUGUCCUCCUUCCUGUCAUUGGUGGUAACCAGACAGAAGGAUUGUCACUUAUGAUGCAGCUGGCAGGGGAGUUGCGAAUGAUUUCUCGGGACUUCUGUGUUGCUGUGCUGGUGACAAAUCAUGUGACACGAGAGAGUAAUGGAGCAGUGAAACCAGGAUUGGGGCGCUCGUGGAGUCAUGUUCCUCGCACACGCAUUCUGUUACAGCAUGUGAAUAGUGAGAUGACAACACAAAAUGGAUUGCGCCGGGCAACCCUAUUGAAGUCAUCCCGACAGCCAUGUCAGCUUUCAGAGGAGUUUUGCCUUGGAUCUUGGAACCAUCACAAAGUUGUGAAAGAAGCCAAAGAAGACAGCAUUCCUGAAGAAGCUCAUUAGGCAGAAUGUUCUGCAUUUGAUCAAUGCAGAGCUAUGGACCAUCUCAUGAUGUGAUAAACAAAGUAAAUAUUUGUGAGUUAACAUAAACAUGACAUAAUACAGUGCUUUUUAUCAUCUUCUAUGUACAAUGACAGACUCCCUUAUGUGAUCUACAGUAUCAUUGUCUCUGGCAUAUUUUUUUUAACUAAUUCUAAAGUCACUGAAUACCUGUUUUACUAACUCCGACUAGUAGUGCAAAGUAAAUGGCACAUGGCAGGGUGCAAAGCGUUAGUUUGUUUUACCUGUAAACUUUUCUAGCCACUUUGUUAGUAAGUAAUUCAGUUUGAGGAGAUAGUAUUAUUCAAAACUACAAAACUGAUAAAUGUUUUUUAUAUUGAAAUUAAUUAAAGUUUAUUUUUUUAAACCAA